CUCAUUUUCAUUUGAGUAAUCUCUUAUCCGUUAUAUAUGGUUCGGGUGCUCGCAUGGAUUCAGAUAUAGUCAACGUUUCAAAGUUGACUUGAUGGUCCCUAAUCUACAAAAAAAGAGAGAAGAUUAUAAGUAAUGGCAUAACGGGUUUCAGAACUUACUACCAGCACAAUGAAAAACUCAGUCUUGUUCUUUUCCGUCCUUCUUGUUCUCCCUUUUGCUACCUCACUCCACUUUAACAUCUCACGUUUCACACCAGGUGAUCCCAACAUAGCUUACCAAGGAGACGCUACACCAAAUGGCGCCAUCGAACUGAACAAUGCUGGUUAUACUUGUCGUGUCGGUUGGGCUACUUAUGCUAAAAAGGUUGCUAUUUGGGAUCCUGAAACAGGGAGGCCUACCGACUUCACUACCAGUUUCACCUUCAAGAUUGAUACGCGUAACUCUACAGAGUUUGGCCAUGGGUUUGCUUUCUUUCUUGCCCCUCAAGGCAUCCUUAUCUCUCCUAAUUCAGCUGGUGGUUUCUUAGGCCUCUUUAACGAAACCAAUGGCUACUCAUCUCGGUUCCCGCUUGUGCAUAUCGAAUUUGACACUUUCUUUAAUGAUGAGUGGGAUCCUCUUGACAUUAAGUCUCAUGUUGGGAUCAACAAUAACUCGCUUGCUUCCUCUAACUACACUUCUUAGAACGCAAGCUUGCACAGCCAAGAUACAUGCCAUGCACAGAUCACGUAUGAUUCUGCUUCUAAAAACUUGAGCAUCUCUUGGAGUUAUGAAGAAACAUCUAAUCCUUCAAGCCUUUUCUACAUCAUUGACCUUGCCAAGGUGCUUCCUGCGGAAGUUACCAUUGGCUUUUCGGGGUCUACAGGAGCAAACACGGAAUCACAUAGUGUAGGAGAUGGAUUACAUCCCUCCACAACACCCAUCGAAUAACAGGCCCUACCCCGGCAAGCUUGACCAGUUUAGUCGGCUUAAGCGGCUAAAGAUGUCGGCUCGACCCCAGAGUACUUUUAGCCGAUCAGUUAAGCCGAUCAAAUAUACUCGGCUUAGAGAGAACAGUACCAAGGCCCGCAUACUCGGCCUUUAGCGACAGGGCCCAAAGGACGACACGAUUAGGGCAUCACGGACGAGGACACUUUAAGAGGAGAUGAGGAGACAACGAAAAAGAGACUUUUGGACAACUUACACACUAAGCGGCUAGAUUUAGGGUUUCCCAAUCAUCUCUUUGAUCUUGUUGCUUAAACCUUCAGUCUUGUCUCCUUACUUCCCGUUAAUCUUGUAACCCCUCUGUUUGAUUCUAAUAAAAACGUCUUUAGUCACCCCAUUUUCUAAGUUCAUUAUUCUAAUCGACUGAAUCCUGUACAAACAAUUGGCGCCCACCGUGGGGCUGACUAAAGUAACGUUCUAGAUAUACAUGGUUCAAAACGACGCCACCUUCGGCGCUCCGGGCGGUGAACCAACCCCAACGCCCGAA